AUGCUACGAGCUCGGCCGUUAUGCGAAUUAUUACCUCCGAAUUUAGGUCCCAUCUCAAUAAAUAGGUCAUAUAUAGACUUGGAAGAAUUGGACUCGCGUGCAUUUCCAGAGGUAAAGUGGGGCGGGCAUUUCUCGCCCCACGAUUGCACCGCCGUGCAUAAAGUUGCCAUUAUAGUGCCUUUCAGAGAUCGCAAGCAGCAUUUGCCGAUAUUUCUAAACCACAUGCAUCGGUUCUUAAUGAAACAAAAACUAGAAUAUGGUAUAUUUAUUAUCGAGCAAGUAAGGUCUGACUACUUCAAUCGUGGUAAGCUCCUGAACGUAGGUUUCCUGGAGAGUCAGAACGUGAGCCAUUGGCACUGCUUCAUAUUCCACGAUAUCGACUUGCUGCCUAUGGACCAGAGGAACAUCUACUCCUGCCCGCUCGAGAAGCACCCAAGACACCACGCUGCUGCUGUCGACAGACUACAUUUCAAGCUACCAUAUACUGAUUUAUUUGGCGGUGUGACAGCUAUGACGUUGGAACAAUUCAAGAAAGUCAAUGGGUUCUCCAACCGAUACUGGGGCUGGGGCGGCGAGGACGAUGAUAUGUGUUACAGGUUAUUCAAGAUGGGUUACCGUAUCACACGUUACAAUAUGUCCGUAGCCCGGUAUAUUAUGCUCGGCCACUCGAAAACACGGGCCAACCCAAAAAGAGGUCAAAUCUUGUCUGGAGUGAAAGGAAAAAUGAAGAAAGACGGAUUAUCGUCAGUAGAAUACUUGGUUAUGAAGAGAAACCUUCAUCAGCUGUACACGCACAUCAUUGCGGACAUCAAUGAGGAUUUGGAAAGUCUUAAACUAACAUAUCUCGCACACAUGCUGUUUGGUGAUAAAUUGUCUUGAGUGAAAGAAAAAAAACCAGACAAUUGCGAGUCGGACUCGCCCACCGAACCGAGCGAGCCAAAU